AUGGACGCUCAGGAUCAAUCACACCGGAUAAUGCUCCCAGGAUCACAAUCACCAGCAUCCACAAUAUCCGCACAGGCCCUAGAUCUCAGCGGACUCCCACCAAUCGCUAUAUUUACUGCGCAUUUGAAGGACGAUGAAGUGAGAAAACUCAAGGAAACGUUGCGCCAGUACGACGCACCGCUUAUCACCGAUAUCUCAAGGGCGAAAGUCUUCAUCGGGAAGGUGGGUACUAAGAAAAGAGCUGAGUUUGAAUUAAGGUCUCGAAAGCUGGUAGUUCAGGAAAUCGUUACACCCAAACGGCCAGCAAGUCCCGUGAAGACACAGAAUCACGACAGCAAGAGACGAAGAGUUGGUGAAACAUCAGGUCGGCUACCAGCGGAUGAGCAAGACUCUACUACCGAUGACGAGGCUGGUCACAACACCAACACUGAGGAUGAAGCACCAAAUACAAACAAGCAGCACAUACCGUUACCAUCACCUUCGAAGUCCGACAAUGGUCCACAUUCUGCACCAAUGUUUGAGACUUCGUCAAGUGAAGACGUCAUUUGGGUUGUCAAGUUUGACUGGGUUGAAGCUUGUGUAACUGCAGGUCAUCUACUUCCACUACAGGACAAUCUAGUAUACAAAGGCAAAGUUCUUGAAAGGCCUAAGUCAUUGACUACAAAAUCCAUCAGAGAUAUAUUUGUGGCGCAUACCAAAGCAACGCCAGUGUCCCAGACGCUCUUGGCAACACGACCACAUCCCGUGCAGGACAUCUUGGCCCGCGCAAGAUUGGAUGCGCCUACGGCCUCGAAGAAAAGUACUUAUCAACCUAAGGAACUCAGAAAGUAUGGCUCUAAUCGUUUCGAUGGCAAGACUUUUACUCGUUCUUCCCAAGCUGUUGGUCACUCCCAUGCUUCACAAGCUGCACAUCUUUUGCAGCAAACGACAAGCGAGUAUGAAGGCGAGGACAGUGAUAUGCCUUCACCACCGCAGUGGGUGAAGAAGGGCGUCAAGUACGCCUGUCAGCGCUUUACACCUGGCAACGGACCUAAUGAAGAUUUCCUUGACCAACUCAAGAAGAUUAGAACUGCUCGAACCCUAAUCGAUGACGACAUUGGUGUUCGUGCUUACUCGACCAUCAUUGCAUCCAUCGCCGCAUAUCCCUAUAGACUUAGUCACCCACGAGAGAUUGCACAAUUACCUGGUUGUGAUGAGAAGACUGCUCUCCUCUUUGUAGAGUGGAAGAACACGGGUAAGAUCCAGGCCGUAGAAGAUUUUGAGACCGACGAAUCAAUGAAGAUCCCCCGUUCCUUCUACAAUAUUUGGGGUGUUGGAGCGAAGACCGCACGGCAUUUCUACCACAACAACCACUGGACUGAGCUGGAUGAUAUUAUCGAGUACGGCUGGAACGAUCUGGACAGAGUGCAGCAGAUCGGCGUCAAGUAUUACGACGAAUUUUUGGUGCCGAUUCCACGAUCCGAGGUUGAGCAGAUCGCAGCCGUUGUUCGUAAGCACGCAGUAAAGCUUCGCGACGAACGGAUAACUGUGACGAUUGUAGGCGGAUACAGACGUGGCAAGACAGAGUCUGGCGAUGUGGACAUGAUCGUGUCGCACCCAGACUUGGAUUGUACAGCAGGAUUGGUUCAAGAGAUCGUCGAAUCAUUGGAAGAAGUCGAGUGGAUUACUCAUACCCUCACACUGAGCCUGAAAAACACCAAUCGGGGUCAACUUGCGCUGCCUUUUCGAUCAGCGAGGGGAGCGGGCGUUGGCUUUGAUACGCUUGAUAAAGCACUUGUUGUAUGGCAAGACCCAUCGUGGCCUACCCGUGACCAGGAUAUUCUAGAGAACCCUAAAGCAAAGAACCCCACUAUUCAUCGCCGAGUCGACAUUAUCGUCGCUCCUUGGCGAACAGUAGGUUGCGCACUCAUGGGAUGGAGUGGCGGUACGACAUUCCAGCGUGAUCUCAGGCGAUAUGCGAAAGCAGUCAAAGGCUGGAAGUUUGAUAGUAGCGGUAUUCGGAGUCGAAGUACCGGUGAAGCUAUAAUGCUGGAAGGGCCCAAUGGAGUCCAUGGAACACCAGAAGAUGCAGAGAAAAAGGUCUUUGAAGGUUUGGGUCUGGAAUACAUACCACCCAAGUAUAGAGUAACAUAUUGA